AUGGCUUGGACGUUGAACAAGACCACGGUGGCGAAUCGAUGCCUUGUCGCGGGAACCAUUGGACUUCAUCUGGAAGGCAACCUUCAUCCCACCUGGGUUCCCACUGGCGGUGAGACGCAUGAUCUGUCUGGAAAAGUCACUAGUAUCACUUUUGGGGCAUCAACCUACAGCAUCGCUGGUUUGACCGCUAGCGACUCGAGCUCUGUUGCCAUGAUCACUAAAGAAGACAGGGCGAACAAGCUAGCCAUUGACGUUGCUGACGCUAAGGGUCACCUGACCUCGUUUGAGACUGCUCCUGGCAAGCCUCUCUCGACAAUCAUACCUGACGAUGGUGCUGUUGGCCAUCCGGAUGUCGACCUUGAGGUUGAAGCACUUGCUACCAGGUACUUGAAUCGCGCCAUCACCAUUGCCGAUCGCAAGCUGCAUCCGUUGCAGAGCAGACUCUUGAUGGCUUCCGACAAGGGUGACGAUAAGUUCGAUAAUUUGGUCGCCAUGCUCAGCAACACAAGUUCCGACCCAAAGACCGAAGCUGCUAACGGUGUUCCUCCGUCUAACUCGCGCAUCGCUGCAGACCCCGUUGUGCCGGCCGAGGUCCCUACCGAGGCCAAGGCAAACAUACCAGACAACAUGCUCAAGUUGUCGCAAGCUCAGGGUGCUGUCUCCCUGUACACUAACAUCUGGAGCAUCGCUAUGCGUACUAAGCGAGGUCAUCCCGAUGCGUAUAAAGUGUCCAUACCGGAAGAGGCCAGCCAGCUGAAUGCGGACCUGGCGGACUCUGUUUCCCAAUGCUUGCAGGGACCCUUGGCUGGGUACCUUUCGAAAAUCGAUGGCAACAAUGGUGGUAUCCAUAAGGAAAUGUUCACUACGGACAUCCACUUAGAGUUUCUCAACACCUUCUUCGAUAGUUUCGGUUUCCAAGCCGGCGACAUAAAGGAACUGGACGGAGUCUUGACUAAUGUCGUCCAAGCAUUGUCGUCCCUGAAGGUCUCAUCGUCAAGCACUUCCUCUGACGUCAACCAUGUUAUGACCACACGCGGCUUCCGCGAAGUCAUUGUGCCAGACAGUUCAGGCUCACCCGAGAUUGUCGCUUACGAGCCCAUCAUCCGCUCUACGUAUCUGCACGUUGCACAGAGCAGCUGGGAAGUCUCCAUUGGCAAAAGCUCGGUCGAGAAAGUCAAGUUCGACAUGGACUACGCGGAUGACACCUAUGUUCUCAACGUCCCGAUCUUUGACAAACAUACGGCCAAGUUAGAUGCGGUCAUGCAAAGCUUAAUUUGUAAGAACACGGCGGAUUUUGGCAAGGAUAUCACGCAUGCCACAGCGAACGGACAGCAAAAGAGUAAUACAUCAUCCGAAUCUGCAAAGUGA